AUGCAACCACAACCUCAACCACAAGGACUAAUCGUAGAGACGGGAAAUGGGGCGAGUGUUCUACAGCUGCCGGCGACCACGUUAGAGCAGAUCCGACAUAUAGCAGCCGACCCCGGAGCCUCCACGCUACGCUUACCACCACUAGCUACUGAGUUCCCACUGGGUGCCCGCGAAUCAGACUUCGAUCUUUGCUAUGUUUGCAAGCAUUGCAAAGUAGCUUUCCCAUCGGCAGCUCCUCUCCAAUCUCACCAAGCAAGAUCGUGCUACGCUGGUCGAGAAGCUUCUCGCGGCGUCAUAAGAGUGGUCCAGCCAGCGCUUGAGUGUCGAACAUGUCCAGGUGAACGAUUCCGGACGGCGGCAGACUACCGGCGUCACGCAGACACAGAUGCUCAUCUCCGCAACACUGUACCUCCUCCACCGCCUCCUGUACCGGAACCUCUCUCACACGAAAUGGAGGAUGUAGUCAACCAGAUAACGCUUCUGGCGGCACGCGCUGCACAAGAUGCCACAUCAUCCAAGGACCCCAACGUAACUUUCUGCGCGCCAGGCCCGCGCUUCCCACAGCCAGGAGAGCUGCCUCUCGCAAGCGCCGGCCAU